CGUGGCACGUCACUCGCGGUUGUGGCCCACAACACGGACUUUGAGAGCUUGCUUCCGCACUUGAUUCGCGACACCAAGAUCUUUGCCCGCGUCAAGCCCCAAACCAAGACGUGGAUCGUUCAGCAGCUCGUGGCGCAAGGAAAAUAUGGGGAGAUAUGA